AUGAAUCUUUUGCGUGUCAGCCUCCCCAGUUGCGGUGACUUCAGCCAUCUAUUUCGUCUGCUUGACCACUACGAUGUCCAUCGGUCCAACCGUAGUCGGUCUGCGGCUAGCUCAUUCUUCCCUCGCCUUGACGUCCGCGAGAGCGGCGACUCAUACCACCUCGACGGCGAGCUACCUGGCCUCGCUCAGAAGGACACCGACAUCGAGUUCUCCGACCCUCAGACUCUGAUCGUGAAGGGUCACACCGCGCUCGAGUACCAAACCUCUCGCACCGACCUGCCCAUCGCUUCUGGGCCAGCGAGCGAUCGGUCCGCGAAUUCCAACGCACUUCCUCAUUUCCGGGCUCGUGUAGAUCAGGACAACGUCAAAGCCAGCCUAAAAAAUGGCAUUUUGUUUGUCCUUGUGCCUAAGACCGCCGCUCCGGCCAUCAAGAAGAUUACCAUUGAGUGA